UCCAGUUGAAAAAUGUUAAGAUUCAGACGCUAGAAGUUGCGUGGAUCAAGUAAAAAUUGUUCGAGGGUGUUUCAAUUUUUUAUUUUAGUCCAAUUAUUUCACUUAAAAGAAAGAACAGUUCAAAUUGUCCUCGCAAAUAACUAAUCCUUGACAGUGACAGUGUACAUAGCCAUAUUGCAAACGUGUUAGACAGCUGACUGCAUGGAAGAUAACUGGAAGAUUUUUUAUAUUUAUUUAUGAGAGAUUUCAAUGCUUUAAGAAAGUCCAUUUUAAUGCUCUCAUCAAGGAUAUAGCACAAUCGAAGUCGGCAAGCUUGCCUGUGAUUACUUCAAAAGUAAUGCUUCCACAUACUCGGCUUUCAGACGUCGACCUGCAUUAUCGAUUCGACGGGUCGAAAAACGCCGGCGUAUUAUUUAGAAAAUAAAAAAUAUUAAAGUUUCGCUUCUCUUAGCAGACUGUUCAAGGCAAGCCAGUGCGCAAUGUAUAUGAUGUGAGCUGACUCACAUCUCGCAUGUAGUGAGAGAUCUUCAGUAUCGCCUCUCGCUAUACCUCCGCAUAAGUUCCACGCAUGUGUAUUAAUGCGCGGGUUGUGAGGUCAUACACCCACCUUCACAGGUGGUUCGUUUCCCAUUCAAACCGUGAAUAACGUUGUAAGACGAACGCGCAGGGAACUCGUAAGAACAUCCGGUUGGUUUCAGUAAUUCUUUUACACGAUGAUCAUGAGGACGUUGUUCACGGUUCAUCCUGUGUCACUGGUGCUCGUAUUCACGGUCACUGCCAUUGGCGGCAAUUACACUGAUAUUAAUCUACCGCAUGAACAUGUCAAGUAUUACUUCAACUCUUUUCCCACAGUAGCAGAAAAAUGCCGUAAUGAUGCGACGUGUCCAUAUAAGGACAGUCUCGACACUGAAGCUUGCUGGGGUUACGAGGACAAUUGCAAAGCAAAAAAUUCUUUUUCCAUUCCUCAUUGCCCAGGUGAUCACAAGGGAUGGGUCGCGACAAAAAGAGCUCAAUUAGACACAUAUUAUGCACAAGGUGAUUUUGGAUACGUGCGGGAUCAAAGGAGAGAGAUGAUGCUAUUAUGCGAACCAUUAUUUGUAGAUGAUUCGUCCUUGGAGUGUUCGGAACAUAUGAGAUUCUGUAGAGCGAGAAAUGUGAUGCUAAAUUUUACGGAUUUACUGAAUCGAAAGGAACCUAUAAGAUACAAAAUGGAUGUGUUAAAAGAAGGUCAAAUUGGCGGCUACUGCACGCUGAACGAAAAGAGAUUACAGGAAAACGCGGAUCAUAUUAGUCCGUUGCAGUCCUGGAGUCCAGAAAUACGCAACUUUCGAAAAUUAUCUCAUCGGCCGAUAGUUCAUGGCGACUGUGAUGUCAUCAUUGAGAAACCGACCUUCAUCAUGAAGAUAGAUGCCAUAGUUAACAUGUAUCAUCACUUUUGCGACUUUUUCAACUUGUACGCAUCAUUGCACGUGAAUCUCUCGCACCCAUCUGCCUUCGAUACAGAUAAUCAUGUAAUGAUCUGGGAAAGUUAUAGUUAUCGAUCGGCGUUCCAAGAUACCUUCGAGGCAUUCACAAGGAAUCCAUUGUGGGAUUUAAAAACAUUUAGAGGCGAGACCGUGUGCUUUAGGAACUUGGUCUUUCCUUUAUUACCGCGGAUGAUAUUCGGUCUAUUCUAUAACACACCACUUAUUUAUGGCUGUGAAAAAUCAGGAUUAUUUAAAGCCUUUAGCGAGCAUCUGUUGCAUCGACUUCAAAUACCUCUGCAUGAAAGAAAAGAUCGGAAGAUUCGUGUAACGUUGCUGAGCAGAGAUACUCAAUAUAGAAAAAUUUUGAACGAGAAUGAACUAGUAAAGGCUUUAAAAGAGAACCCGGAGUAUAAAGUCAGAAAGGUUGUGUAUAAUAAAAAUAUACCAUUUAAAAAACAGUUGGAAAUCACUAGGAAUUCCGAUAUUUUUAUCGGUAUUCAUGGCGCCGGCUUAACGCAUUUAAUGUUUUUGCCAGACUGGGCAGCAGUAUUCGAAAUAUACAAUUGCGAAGAUCCAAAUUGUUACCAAGACCUUGCACGGUUGAGGGGCGUAAAAUAUUUCACGUGGAAAGACACGUCAAAAUUAGUCCAACAAGACCCAGGGACACAUCCUGAUGGCGGAGCUCACGCAAAGUUUACGAACUACAGCUUCGACGUUAAAGAGUUCCUCAGAAUCGUUUCGCUUGCAAGAAAUCACGUAAAGCAUCAUAAUGCAUUUAAGAAGUUUAAUGAUAUUCACAAUAAAAUACAAAAUGGUACUAGGACGACGGAUAAUGAAGAAACGGUACGACCUUCUGACGCUAAAGAACCGAUAAGACUACAAAAAUCGGAUAUAUUAUCCAAAGAUGAAUUAUGAAAAGGACUUUUAGGCACUAAAUUAACAAGAUGAGGUAUGACAAUAGAACGCGAUCUAAACAUGUUUGUUGAUCGAAUUCCUUAUAUACUUAUUUUUAUACUAAUGUACAUACUUUAUUUUGAUAAAUAAAAUAAAUACGCGAUAAAUUUCGA